AUGAGUGCCCAAUCUGCAGAUGAUGGUGCAAGGGCUCCGUUGAGCAACGGUGUUGCCGCUGGGACUUCCUAUGGAACGGAAGUGGAGGCGGAAACCGCAGCCCGAGGCUCGGGUCCAGUGCAACCCACUGGAUCGGAGAUAGGGCAAGAGGCCGGUCGUGGGGGAGGAAACGAAGGCGGGGACGCACUCGGUGCGCAGACCUUGCCGGCAGCUUCUACUACGUCGGCAUCCGGAGUCAUGAGAGAAGGGAGGCGUGCGGAUGCAUCUGCUGCGGACUUCGUUGAGCAGGGAGCUGAUGUGCAGAGCGGAGCGUCUCUUCCGGAGUGGAGCGAUGGUGUAGGGGCAGUUGCCUGGAUGGGUUACCAAGAUAGGUUGCAGAAGGGGAAAAUCUCCGCCUACAGGAACAGCUUGAAAGGGCACACCAGGAGGCCCAAGAUCGGUCUGAUAGCGUACCUCAUCGUGAUCCUGAAGACCGUCCAGAGCCUCGCCCAGUCGGGGCCUACAGCUACGGAAGCUCGGACGCAUAGGGUGGAUCAGCCUACUGCAGUGAACGAUGUGAAGAAUGUGGGUGAGGGUUCGAAUGCCGCCAUCCUAGAAGCUCUGACUAGGAACCUCACCAGCUUGCAGGAGCUCCAGGUGAAGUCGAUGAAGCGGGAGUUGGAUGGAGAGGAAUCUCCAGAGCAGGUGAAGACGAGUACGGUGAGUUUGCCGCUUCUACCUGGACCUGAGGUGGCGAAUGCAGGUAUGGUUCUUCAGGACUGGAUGGCCCAGGUUGCUGUGCCAAUGCAAGAUCUGUCUAUGUCCUCAGGUGCGUGGUGGACCGGUGUAGUUGCUCUGGUUCGGGAUGCGUACUCUAAGUGGUUGGCGGCUACACCUUUGGAAAGGUUACAGUUGGAGCCAAGCGGGCAUGAGACCUGGACCAGUGCCAAGUGGACCCGCGUGAACUCGAGGGCCUGUUCGUUGAUUUUACAGAGCAUCGUUGAAACAGUGAGAUUGGAUCUUGUUGCUCGACGUGCUGUUCAAAGUGCCCCGUUGAUAUUGUUCAGGCUCCACACGUGCUACCAACCGGGAGGCGCGUCUGAGCGCUCAGCUGUGCUGGGGAACUUGCAAAACCCAGUGCAGCCAUCGUCACUGGAGGAAGCUUUGAUCUGGCUAAGGUCAUGGCCGAGGUGGGUUCAACGGUGCAAGGACCUUAACAUGAUCAUCCCGGAUGGCACGAUCUUGGCCAAGGCGCUUACGUCCACUACGAUGAAGUACAUGAUGGAGAAUCCGGAUACCCACUUCCGGACGCAGCUCCUGAGGUCUAGUCUCAGGAUUGAUGGACAGCCAGCCUUUGCGGAUGUUGUCAAGUAUCAUCAGCACCUUCAAGCAGAAGUGGAGUCAAUGUUGGCCUCAAGGACGGUGGUGCAGGUGGCUACUCCUACGAUCAAGGCUCUGGGGAGGAGCACCAUCGCCUACUACCUCGUGAUCACUGGGGAGCCGGUGUGGACGCUGGAGAGUUUGCUCCAGGCUGCAGCCAAGGUCGCGGGCGCACCGCCAGCAGGACCGAAGCCGCCGUCUAUGAAUGUGUUGGCGCUGAAGAAAUCUUCCUCAAGUGAUGACGAGCUCUCGAUGUUUGCAUUGGUUGACUCAGGUGCUACACACGCCCUACGCCGGGCCAACACCCAGGAGGAGUGGAAUGACGCAGAGCCGGUGACGGUGAACUUGGCGGGCGGUGAGUCAGUGGGCCUGAGAAUGAACACAGCGGGCACAAUAUUGGUGCCAGUGUCCUCCUUGACUUCGGCGGGGUCUACUACUCCCAUAGUGCCACUAGGGGCGUUGGUGAGCCAGCUGGGGUAUACCAUGAUAUGGGGAAAGUCGAAGUGCAGGCUUGAAGGCAGAAAUGGUGAGCAGAUCACCCUACGUGUUCGUGAAGGGUGUCCUGAGGUGACGGAGCAUGAAGCGUUGAAGUUGAUUUCGCAGCUGGAAGAUGCUCGGUUGCAAGAGCUCCGCAACAACACGACGGACACGAGAACAAGGGUGAAAGCGGCUGCUUUGGCAAUGGAGAAGACGUGGUUUGAUCAUCUCCUGACCUAUGUGGACAGCGGGCUGGCUUCGGAGGCGAUGAAAGCGGUGGAAGGGGCUCCCUUUCUCCAAGAAGUCCCACGGCCAUGCAAGGCCGGGCUGUGUGACGCGUUCCCGGAGGCGAAUGGGUGGCAAGCACUGAAGGGCCUUGAGCACUUGAACCGGAGAACGAGGAAGAAGUUGUGGUCCUCGAAUCAGUGGGUGGUGCACUUGUUCUCGGGAAAGAAGGAGAAGCGUGACCUAUAUCAUCUUGAGGGUCAUGGAUAUGCCGUUUUGGAGCUGGAUAUCGAGCGUGGGCGAUCGCAAGAUCUACUGAGGUCUUCUACGUGGCGGGCUCUGGAGUAUGGGGCCAGAAAGGGCAAGAUCGCGGCAAUAGUCGGCGGUCCCCCCCAGGGCACUUUCAUGAUCUCCAGGCACAUUGUGGGUGGACCAGCACCUGUGCGCUCGAACGAUUACCCGUUCGGAAACUGGGAUGGUCAGUCAGACUCAGAUGUUUGGGAAGUCAAUCGAGAGACGCAGUUGCUGACCAGGAUGAUAUACUUGCAUGCUCUGUCAUCUGCGGGAAGGAUAAGAUCGGGUCCUACUCCGGAGUUUCGUCGUGAAGUGGCAUUCUUGUUGGAGCACCCUCGUGAUCCCCGCGGCUUUCUGAAGUUCCAAGAUCCACUGUAUCCUGAUGUGGUUAGCUUUUGGAGGACUUCGCUGUGGACGGAGUACGCAAUGGAGGCAGGCCUCAGCACUCAAUGCUUCGACAUGGCGGCACUGGGAAAGGCUUUUCCGAGGCACACAACCAUAGGUACCAACCUCGCCCUUCGGCACCUGAAUGGCUUGAGGAUGCGGUGGCACACAGAUGGACCUGCGCCAGAAAGGUCGCCAGCAUGCGUGUGGCCUACGGAGUUUAUCGAGCAUGUGGUGAUUGCGUUGAGGGAGUGGGCCAAGGUUCCUAGAAUGUUCAAGAUGAGUGCAGACCAGUGGCGUGAGCAUGUACGACGAGGCCAUCUUCCUUUCCGAGCUGAUUGUGCUGUGUGUGUACAGGCUGGAGCCACAGGUCGUCGACACUCACGCGUAGAGCACCCUUCAGCCUUUGUUCUCUCAGCCGAUCUCUCGGGGCCUGUGAAGGUGGGAGGCGUUGAUCCUGAUGGCCGGGGAGCUUACCCGAAGCAGUUCAAGUAUAUCUUCGCGGCCAAGUUGAGGGUUCCUCGGAGCUUCGUGGAGGAUGGCCGUGGAGCGUGGGUGGACUAUGAUCCGGGCGAGCUUGCGGUAGAGGCCUACGAAGAAAAGGACGAUGGGCUUGAGAGCGAGAUCGGGGAGCGAAGGGUGCCAGGUGAGCGCGGUGAGCGCUCCGAUGAAGAUGGUGCAGAAGGGGAGCCGGAGCUGAAAGAAGUUCCAAGGCGAGAUCAUGAGGAGGACUUAGACCUUGCAGGGCCGGAGCUAGUGAACCUCAUCUUUGCUUGUGGCCUCAAAGAUGACAAGUCGGCCACCGUCCUUGAGGCGAUCCAGGAUGUGGUGCUCUAUUGCAAGGCGCUGAACAUCCCGGUGCUUCGCUUUCAUACUGAUCGGGGCAUGGAGUUCCGAGCACGAGCGACCCGCCAGUGGCUAAAGAGCGAGGGCAUACGAGUGACCACUUCUGAGGCCGGAGUUCAUCAGACUAAUGGUGCCGCGGAGUCGACUAUUAGGUGGCUUAAGCAGCGGGCAAGGACAUUGUUGUUGUCUGCGGGCUUGCCACAACACCUAUGGGCAUCGGCUAUCAGUACGGCGGCUUCAAUGCAGCGUGGCGAUGUACUGGGAUUCGAGCCGAACCUCGCGGCCCCGUACGGCGCCAAAGUGAUGGUCCGGAAGCGACAACUGGAAGGUCCAAAGCUCGAUGACUUAGCGCCGAAAUGGGUCUCGGGAGUCUAUGUGGGGUUGUCGGACAGCUUGAGCAAGGGCGACUUGGUGUAUGUUAAGGAUGAUGACGGUGAGCGGUUUAUCCACACUCUUCAUGUCCGUGCUGGAUUACACGAUCCCGGACCAGUUGAUGGUGACUUUCAUUCGGAGUUUCCUGAUCCACCGGAGCGCCGAGUUCGAGGGAAGUCAGCGGGAUCUGGAGAUGUUGUUGGAGUGGCCAAGGCGGAAGUGAUCGAUGAUUCGGUCUUCAAGCAGAGGGCUGAAGCCUUGUUUCAGGACUGGUCCCAGGAGGAGGCGGAAUCCUUAGUGAAGGAAGUGGCUCGGGUGCUGCCUGAGGACGAGAAGAUCUAUGGGAUGUUUCGUCAUGGAGGGCGGCUGGGAGUUACCAGAGCAGCAGUUGAGAGGCCGUGGUUCGCCAAGCUGUUGGCCAAGCUGUUCAAAGUUCGAUCUCCAGAUGCAGAGUUUGCGGCCGUGUACGUCUCAGUAAAUGCUGAGCGUGAGGUGCACAUUGACAAGAACAACGCCAUAGGGGCGGUGAACCAUAUCCUUCCCUUGAGCAUGCCAAAAAGGGGCGGCGAGCUGUGGAUGGAAUUGCGUAAUGGUGAUGUGGUUUCAGGAAAGGUGAUUGAGCUGAUUUCCGCAGAAGGGAGAGCCAGAUAUGGAUGUGCUUUUCCGCUUCAAGAAGGCAAUGUUUUCACCUUUGACCCGCACCGACGACAUGCAGUUCUUCCGUGGAAGGGAGAAAGAAUUGCGGUGAUAGGAUACACGCCAGGACUCCUAGGUUCUCUUCCCAGUCUGGACAAGGAAAUGCUAUGGGAUUGGGGUUUUCCACUCCCGUUGGAUGAUGGUGACGUUUUGCCGGAGGUGUACAUCAAUGCAUUGUCCGUGUCUUCGGUGAAGCAAGCGUUGUCGGUGUCUUCGGCGAAGCAAGAGAAGCGGGUUGAGGAUGAGGUUGUUCCGCUUAGAGAAGGAGGGUGGCAAGAGGUAAUUGAGACUUCAGAUGGAGAGUACCUCUUCAAGUGUGAGUGGGCGAUCGCCAGGCGAUCCAGUGCCUCGACGACUUCGGCUUCUGUUAUGGCGCUUUCGCAGGCAGGAAGUUCAGCUGAUGUCCUCACGGAGCACUGGAACGAUUGUGAAAUGCAGUUGGUUCUGAGUGAAGAACGGGAAGGAGCGUCUACUGCAGUGGUGCGCCCAUCAGUGCCGUCCAGCCCUUUGGUGCGGAAGACCGAGGUUGCCUACACGGAUGGUGUUGAGAACAUCCUCGAAAACCUUGCUUCGCCCUUGUCUGUGGUCUACACAGUGAACCCGCGGGAAGUAGUUCCAGUGUUCGAGCGAUGGACGCCUUCAUUGAUGAAGGAGGUGGCGUCACUUGAGCAUGCGGUUGACAAAGUGAUGUCGGAUGAUCCGGGUGUUCGUGAAGAUUUGGCUUCAGGUAGAGCACAGCUUAUUCCAAUGAAAGUUGUGUACACCGUAAAACCCCCUGAUCCACCUGCUGAUGGAGGACAUCCUGAAGAGAACUUCAAGCGGAAAGCGAGGAUUGUGAUCUGCGGGAACAUGGCAUCGCACCAAGCGGGCGAGGUCUACGCCAGCACGGCGCCAGCAGAGAUUGUGAGGGCAGCCAUAGCCCUAGCAAGGUUCUUUAACUGGAACUUGGGGCUGAUCGACAUUGUGGCGGCGUUCCUUCAGACUCCGUUUAGCGCACUCGAUGGGGCACCUUUGGUUUAUGGGGUUCCACCUAAAGUACUUGUUCGUGCCGGCAUUUGUCGUCCCGGGGAGCUGUGGAGAUUGACACAUGCAGUCUAUGGUCUUCAAGAAAGCCCAAGACUUUGGGGCUCGUAUCGGGACAUGAGGUUGGCGCAAGUGCAGUUAGUUGUCGAUGGAAAGAGGAUCACCCUCUUGCAAGGACGUGUGGAGCCAUCAUGGUGGUCAAUCAUGCAAGAGGGCUCUGUGUUGAUUGGGAUCUUGGUAGUCUAUGUCGACGAUUUGCUGUUGUGUGCGAGGACCGAGGUCAUCAAGGAGCUAGCGGCCGCGAUUCAGUUUAUGUGGAGGACCAGUCCGUUGCAGCUUGUGUCAGAGGGCGAGAUAAGGUUCUUGGGGAUCGAGAUUUCGCGAACUACACAGGGCUUUGCUUUGUCUCAGAAGUCCUAUCUGGAAGAGUUGCUGCGGUUGCACGAGGUUCCUACGAGAAAGCGAGACUUAGUGCCCGUCGGCAAGGAGUCGGUGAGCUUUACAGCUGGCGAAGAUGAGGCCCCGCAAGACGAGGCAGAAGUUCGGGCAGCUCAGCAGAUUGCGGGUGAGCUCCUUUGGAUCAGCCAGAGAACGCGCCCGGAUGUGGCGUUUGUGUGCUCAGUGAUUGGAUCGCUUGCUACCAGGGCUCCACGGAGGGCGCUAGAGAUCGGGUUGAAAACGUUGGCGUACCUUCAGAGAACGUCCGAGAGGAGACUGCUGUUUGAGGGAAACUCUCGCUAUUUGGCCGGCUUUGUGGAUGCGUCGUUUGCCCCAGAUGCGAACAGGUCCCAUACAGGAUGGAUCAUCCAGCUUGCUGGAAAUGUGAUUGCAUGGCGUUCUUCAAGGCAAUCGUGCGUGAGCUUGAGCACGGCCGAAGCAGAGCUUGAGGCAGCCGUGGAAGGUUUGGUUGCCAUCCAGGGCAUCCAGGCGGUCUUGCAGGACAUUGGUGCUGGAGUGUUUGCUAUGCAGAUGCAUUCGGACAGCACUUCGGCCUUGGCAAUUGCGCAUGGGUCCUGCAGCUGGCGUACCAGACAUCUUCGUUUGAAAAGUGCCUGGAUCAGUGAGCUCAUUGCCAAGAACCUCGUUGAGUUUAAUCACUGUCAUGGUGAAGUUCAACCUGCAGAUAUGCUAACAAAGCCUUUGUCUUCGGCACGAAUCAAGUCGUUGAGUUGCUUGAUUGGACUGCUGGAUGAAAUGGUUCUAAUUGCUUUGUUGGUGCUGGCGCAAGCGGUAUCUGGAGAGCGAGUUCAUGAAGACCAUGGGGUUGUGGUUUAUGGAAGUGGAGUGUCUGUAGACUACGGGCUGGUGACGUGGCUUCUGUUCUGGUGCCUUGUGCUGGUUGGUGUUUUAUCCUGGGAAGCUCUGAAGUGGGUUGUGUGGAUGAUCUAUGACAGGGCGGCGCCGGGCUCCACCCAACGGCGAUUGAGAAGGCUUCAGAGGUUGCGUGAUGCAACGGCAGAGGCUAUCCACCGUGAAGUGAGUGCCAGGGUCGGUUCCCGGGCAGAGCAGAGAGCCAGAGAUUCUCGCGACAGGCCCAGAGAUCAACUACCUGAUCCACCGCGGGAGCACAGAGAUCCUCACGCUGAAGAGCGCAUGAACCUACUUCGGCGACUGGCGCAGGGAGUAAAGGAGACCAAGGAGGUCGCGAUUCAGACUACGGCCUUCACACCGGUGCACGGUCCGUCUACGAGGGUUAUAUUGAGGUAUGUACAUGAGCCACCGGAAGCUACCUACGUCGUGCCCGACAAUGACUGUUUCCAUGUUUAUGAUGACUGCCAUGCUUUUAGACACAGAGGUACUCUGCAGAAGGUUGAGCGAAGGAGGCUUUGCCGUUAUUGCAGCAAUCGUGCCAAUGAAGAUCCGGACAAAACGCCGGAUUACGGGCGGGACCUUGAAAGAGCCCGUGAAUACGAGAGGGUAUUCAACACCACCCUCACGACGUCUGGACAGAGCUCUCGGAUGGCCGAAGCCUAA